AUGCACUCCGACUCUGAUCCUUCCCAUCAUCCCCUUCAUCCUCAAGUGCAAGUGUACCUUCCAAAGAUCUCAUCUACUACAGCAGCCCCUUCCUCCUCAGCUGACGCCACCACCUCCGCAACACCUCUGGCGCCACCAUCUUCUCAGGCGGACAAGGGCGCAGGCAUCCCGACUACGGCACCCUCUUUAUUGCUAUCAUUUCCUGCAACCACAGCCGCAGCGACCACCAACACCAACGCCGACGUCGACACUGAUACCGCACUGUCAAACGCAAGCUUGACCACAGCUUUACCACCGCCAUCUCCUCCUUCUAUUGCCACUCUCUCUUUCUCUUCAUCCAUUGCCGUUGCCUCAUCCCACAAACGAAGCCGUGAACCAAGCGCAAUGACCGAUCCAAGCGAGGCCGCAAGAUACACUCCUCCACGAGAAAUGUUCAGACACCCAAGCGCAAACAUCGACGCGGACGACAUCGUUUCACUUCCAUCCGAAGACGGACUUCAGGAGAGUGACCGUGAGAUGCAACUUAGCAGCACUCUCCUCACAUCAGAUCAGUCCCGAAGUCUGACUCUGCCUGAUCGCUUCCACGGGGACUCUGAGCUCGACAACCUGGGCAAACAACUCUCCAUCAACAGCCCCGGAAAAACAACAGCCGCAGCCAGUGACCAUGAAGAGCGGAGCGAUAGAGAUACUGCUGACGUCGAGCUCGAGACUGUGCCACAGAGCGAGACCCAUCUUGUUCACAUACCAGACCCAACACUAGAGCAACUGACGGCGUCAAAGCAGGAGCAAUCAGAGGAUAAGAGCAGACAAGCCGCGCCAUCAUUUGAUCAGCAGCUAAAGACAAUCCAACAUCUCUCGCGUCAGAGGCUCGAACUCGGCGAACCCAUGUAUCUCCUUAAUCAAGCAUGGUAUGCCAGCUUUCGCAAGUACUGUACUGCAAAGGUUAGCGGGAGGCUGGCGGAUCAUCCAGGAGAGAUCGACAACUCCGUGCUCAUGAUGGGAAACACUCUUAGACAGGAUAUUCAAAAUUCGGUCACAACUCUUCCGCAAGAGGGCUGGGAUAUGCUCGUAGCCAACUACGGAAGCAUCACAGCACCAAUCAUGCGCCGCGUAGUGAACACUGGAUCCGAUGUGGCGCCAAACUUGAUCAUCGACUUCUAUCCUCCGGUAUUCACCCUCUACAGGGUUGUCGAGAACAACCAAGUUGACAAUCCUCUCUUCGCCAUGAACGAGCCCGAUACCAUUGAAGUGCCCCGGACAACAAAGUUUGGCGACCUCAAAUCGGCUCUGUUAUUGCGCUUGAACAUUGCUGGCCCUGGCCCUGCUCGACUGUGGGCUAUUCCUGGACAUGCGAAUCUGAUUGUGGAAGGGAAUGUGAUUGGAGCAGAUGCGAUCGCUUAUUCGGGCGCGACCUGUUUGGAGGGUGUCGAAGAUGAUUCGCCUGUGUCAGAGGUGAACGAGCUUGUCAAGUGCAAGGAUUUGGCCUUAGAGGUGGCCAUCAAUGGCACUUUUCUUGUGCAGAAUGCAACACCAGUUCGACCCUUUGAAUCUGGCUUUAUGUCAUCGACAUUUCCUCCCAGCUUCCACGGCUCCCGUAACGCGGGUACACUCGCUACUCAAGGGACGCCUGUUAAUGGCCUUUGCGGGCUUCAAAAUCUCGGCAAUACAUGCUUCAUGAAUUCGGCUUUGCAAUGUCUGAGCAACACCCCUGACUUGACUCGGUUUAUUUUGGCUGGCGCUUGGCGCAAGGAGCUCAACUCGGAUAAUCCGCUGGGUAUGGGUGGCGAGGUAGCGCGGGCAUAUGCCAAUCUAAUCGACAAGCUGUGGAGAGGAAGUAGCAAGGUGUUUUCGCCCAGAGAGUUCAAGAUGACAAUUGGACGAUUCAAUCCAUCGUUUACGGGCUAUCAUCAGCAUGAUUCACAGGAACUUUUAGCGUUUCUACUGGACGGUUUGCACGAGGACCUGAAUCGGAUUGUCAAAAAGCCAUACACUGAAGCUCCCGACUCGGAUGGGCGUCCAGAUGAAGAGGUGGCGAACGAUUGCUGGCAGCUUCACAAAGCGCGCAAUGACUCUAUCAUCGUGGAUCUCUUCCAGGGACAGUACAAAUCGACGUUGGUGUGUCCCGAAUGCAAAAAGGUCUCUGUUACAUUCGAUCCAUUCAUGUAUCUGAGCUUGCCUCUGCCUAUUAACAAAAAAUGGACCGGCACUGUAACCUACGUUCCAUACGACCCCAGGGAGCCUCUUGUUGAUAUCCGACUCCAACUGCCCAAAGGAUCCACACUAAAGCAAUUGAAGGAGAAGGUUGCUGAACUCAUGGGAACACAGGCGCGCCACCUCUAUUCUGCUGAAAUCUUUUCCCAUCGUAUCUACAAAACACAUGAAAAUUCGGACGCAGUGGAUGAGCUGAGUGACACCGACAAGAACUUUGUGUACGAACUACCAAUACCCGAUUUUACAACCGCUUCGGACAACAUUGUCUUUCCUGUCCACAACGUUCUCGAACCAUUGUCAUCCUAUGGCAGGCCAAAUCUAUGUGGUCAUCCCAUGAUGGUGUGCGUGACCAGAGAAGAGGCGCUGGAUCCUGACGCAAUCUACAAGGCCAUUGUGAAGCAGGCGAGUCGAUACACAACUAUGGACCUGUACGAGGACGACUCUGCGACUUUGACGAUCAACGAGACUGAUGAUGAGCCCACCGAUGUAAGCAUGACGCCUGUAGAAGAGACUUCGGCUGAGAGGGUGCCAAAGAGUGGCCUGUUCCGGUUGAUGGUAUAUUCGCCCCCGCAACCGGCGCCUCCUCGCAGCCAUUACCGUCCUAUGUCCAGGCAGAGCAUGUACGCUCCUGCGACCGUCCCAAGCAUGAGCGACAUGCUGGACAUGUAUCAGCGAGUCGCACUACCAGAACCAGAGGUCACGCAUGAGAUGGGCUCCUUGAGCUCUCACAGCCGCCUCCAAGGAUCUAUGGGCGACGACGAUGGCUUUGGCGAGAAUGAUGUCAUCCUUCAACCAGAAUCUCCAUCAUUGUCGGAUUCCUCUAAAUCCUCAAAUCGGCCACGUGUUCCCAGGGCCAGUGAUGAUGAACUCUCAGACGAGGAUGAUCUGGCUACCUUGAAGACCACACCAGGCAUAAAUGCAGGACUUUCAAAAUAUGCGUCGAAGCCCUCCUUGAGCGUCGUCCGUAUACUCGAGCCGGCAGUCCGUCAAGGAGAGAUGGUGUACUGCAUCUGGGCGCGAUCUAUGGAGCCAGCCAUCGCCGCGCCUGAGAGGAAGUACAGAGGCUUCAGUUCUUAUCGCAACAUGGAUGAGGAUGAGGACCCAUCGUCGUCAGUGCGAGUUCUGUGGGACGAGCGAGGCCCGUUAGUCAAUGAUCCCGAAAUGGAGGCGGAACGUUCGGCAGCGAAGAAGGGCAAGAAGACCGUAACACUGGAGGAUUGUUUGAACGAAUAUACAAAAGAGGAACAACUCGGCGAGGAAGAUCUUUGGUACUGUCCUAGCUGCAAGAAGCACCAGCAAGCGACAAAAAAAUUGGACAUUUGGAAACUCCCCGACAUUCUGGUUGUGCAUCUCAAGCGAUUUAGCCACACGCGGGCAUGGCGCGACAAGAUUGAUGCUCUGGUUGACUUUCCCAUUCAUGGCCUAGACCUGAGCGGCAAGGUGCUCAAGGUGGAAGAAGACGUCGAUAAUAUGUACGACCUGUACGGCGUGUCCAACCAUAUGGGCGGGUUGGGAGGAGGUCAUUACACUGCCUAUGCCAAGAACGAAAAACUGGGCGAGUGGUUCAACUUUGACGAUUCGCAUGUCAGCGCGGUGGGCGAUGUGGAGUCCAUCAAGUCCUCGAGUGCGUAUCUGCUCUUUUAUCGCAGACGAAAUGCGACUAUUCGUGAAUAUGAUCAGGAACCCACGGAUACAGAGGCGGUGGUGGAGGCGGACGCAACGACUGAAAUCACUCAGGGCCCCGCCGCAAUAUUCCGUAGUGGAUACUUAGAGCCCUUCAGUGCUCAAAGCAUUCUUCAGAACGAUAACGACGACCACAGCGACGAGUAUGGAGAGUGGGGCAAGCCAGGGUCAGAGCCGUAUUCGGAUCUGCAACCGUUUCACUCAAUGGACGACAAUAGCGACCUUUACGACAGCGACGCUGAACUGCCAUCGUAUGGCAGCACUAUGAUGAUGGGGCCUUCCGGAAUGGCAAGCCCACCGUCACCAUUUUCAGAACGUCUGACGUUUGCGUCUGACAAGAGACAAGCAAAGAGACAUGCAUUGGACCAAAGUGGGGACACGGACGAAGAGGACUUGCACUCGGUAACGGGCAUGUCAGAUUACCUGGAUCCCAGCAAUGAGGCGAUGGAACACUCGCCAGACGUGUCGACGUGCGCAAGCGACGGCUCUAACCCUGGCACGGCAAAUGCCUCUCCGCGAUUGUCUCCACCAACACUGGUGUCUUUGAAUCCAGAUCUCCUACUAGCUGACGAGAUGAAUUUGGAUGGACCCCCGUUCUUAUCGAGCAUCAGUCGUGAGGGUGGUAGGAUUGACCUUUCCAACGAGAUCGUUGACGCGGAUGGCAGGAGCACGAGCUUGCUGUAUUCCUAUGAUUCCGCGAGCGCGAGUGCCGAUAUUCCGAUUUCGAGCUCGACGUCAUCUGGCCUGAAGUCAGCAACACCAGAGGCUGUAAGAGACGCCGUAGACGGGGAUGAGAGUGAACAGGAUGAAGUCAACAUGGUGCGCUGGCAAAGCAGUGUGCCACGGGGUUGA